AUGAAAACAAAAUCAUUGAUUCUGGGUCGCGAGCUGGGGACGGGGCGGCCCACCGCGUCGUGGCCGUGGUCCCCGCCUCCUCCCCAGGGGCCGCGGUGGAGCCUCGGCGGCGACGGUGCUGACGACCUGAGGAGAGCGUCUCUCUCUCUCCCCGAGCGGCGGCGGCCACCGAGACCCCACGCGCGGCGCGACCCCCGAGGCCCCCGCGCGCGCCCCGGCCGCAGCGCAGCGCCCGCGUCCCUCCGGCCCGUUCCCGCGCGCUCCCUCCCCGCUGCGGGCUGCACGGUGGCGUUGGCCCUGGCGGCGCUGGCGGAGGUCGAGCCGGCCUGGGGCAGUCGGUACCAGCAGUUGCAGAAUGGAGACGAGCCUGGAGAACCCGAGCAGGCGGCCGGCGAUGCUCCUCCACCGUCCGGCAGCAUCUCUGCAGAGAGUGCAGUAUAUUUUGACUACAAAGAUGAGUCCGGGUUUCCAAAGCCCCCAUCUUAUAACGUGGCUACUACGCUGCCCAGUUAUGAUGAGGCCGAAAGAACCAAGGCCGAGGCCUUGAUCCCCUUGGUUCCUGGAAGGGAUGAGGAUUUUGUGGGUCGGGAUGAUUGUGACGAUGCCGACCAGCUGAGGAUAGGAAAUGAUGGGAUUUUCAUGUUAACUUUUUUCAUGGCAUUCCUCUUCAACUGGAUUGGCUUUUUCCUGUCCUUUUGCCUGACCACCUCAGCUGCAGGAAGAUGUGGGGCCAUCUCAGGAUUUGGCCUCUCUCUAAUUAAGUGGAUCCUGAUUGUCAGGUUUUCAACCUAUUCCCCUGGAUACUUUGAUGAUCAGUACUGGCUCUGGUGGGUGUUCUUGGUUUUAGGUUUUCUCCUGUUUCUCAGAGGAUUUAUCAGUUAUGCAAAAGUUCGGAAGAUGCCAGAAACUUUCUCAAAUCUCCCCAGGACCAGAGUUCUCUUUAUUUAUUAAAGAUGUUUUCUGGGAAGGGCCUUCCUGCGUUUAUGAAUUCCCUCUCAAGAAGCAAGAGAACACCUGCAGGAAGUGAAUCAAGAUGCAGAACGCAGAGGAAUAAUCACCUAAAAAAAAAAAUAAAGUACUGUUGAAAAAGA